GUGGCAUUGUGGUGGCCUUGAGCUGGUGAGUUCUCAGCAAGGAGAGUUUGUUCCCACAGAGACACAGGAAAAUCGACCUGGGGAGGGGACAAGAGCGGGACAGCAACAUCAGUUUUAGUUUACUAGAGAUGUUCAGGCAUUAGCACCAUGAGGAAAGCUGGAGCCCUCUUUAGCAUUUCCAGCACUUCAUAAAUUUCAGAGAUUUAAGGCAAGGAGCCAGAUGUUUGGGGAGAAAUUCUGAACGCUAAAGACAAGUGGAAAUUUUUUUUUUUUGGUAGUGUGUAUUUUUUCCCAUUAGUUGCAAGGCUAUAUUUAGAAGAGAGGGGGAGAGAGAGAGAGAGAGAGCGAGAGAGAGAUUAGGCAUUUCUUCAUAUUCUGUAGUCACUCCAGUUGUUCUGCUUGUAAGAACAGAUGUCUCUUUCCUGGGGUGAUAGCAUUCAGGUCCACGAGGAAAUUUUCUUACCGGCAGGUCCUCUAACAUAGAAAGGAGAUCGGGCCAGAGAUAGCUGGAAAGUCAGUGACCAUGCCGACCUCCUCCACACAACUCCCAGCCCUUGACUCUAUCAACUCCACCCAGCAACCCAACGCCAGCACCUACUUGUUCUCCAAGUUCAUCCACCCCGACAAAGAACUGUACACAGAUUUUUACAGCCUGUGGAUUGCCCUGCUGGUAGUCAAUGCCAUCAUUUUCCUAGUGGGUGUUGUGCUGAACAGCUUGGCACUGUACGUCUUCUGCUUCCGUACCAAGACAAAAACCACCUCUGUUAUUUACACCAUUAACUUGAUUGUUACUGAUCUCUUGGUGGGCUUUUCCUUGCCUGUCCGGAUCAUCAUGUUCUAUAGUGCAGGGGACUGUCUGAAUUGUUCCUUGGUUCAUAUCUUUGGCUACUUUGUCAACAUGUACUGCAGCAUCCUCUUCUUGACAUGCAUCUGUGUUGACCGCUAUCUGGCAAUCGUACAGGUGGAGGCCUCACGUAAAUGGAGGAACCCCACCUGUGCCAAGGGGAUCUGUGUCUUCAUUUGGAUCUUUGCCACUGUGGUGACUUUCUCCAUCCUGACCAUGGCAAUACAGUUUGCUGCAUGUUGUCUCUCCAAGAUUCUGGUCCUGAUGGUCUGCGAGUACUUCUUCCCCCUCAUCAUAAUUAUCUUCUUCACCACCAGGAUUAUGUGUGCUCUGUCCAAGCCCAGCCUCAUGCACCAGAGCCGGGAGAGGAGAAUGAGGGCUGUGCAACUCCUUAUCACCGUCCUCAUCAUCUUCAUGAUCUGCUUCACUCCUUUUCACGUGCGACAGGUAGCAAUCUCCAUCAACCCAGACAUGCCCCAUGGUGUCAGCCUCCUUGUCUACCAUGUGACAGUGACUCUGAGUAGCCUCAACAGCUGCAUGGACCCCAUUGUCUACUGCUUUGUCACCAAUAAUUUUCAGUCAACCAUGAAAAAUAUCUUCAGGAAAACCGAGACAGAGCAAACCAGUGUGGACAUCCUGGGUAUGAACAAGAACUCCAAGGGCUCCAAUGCAAUCAUUGCCUUCUCAAACACAAUAGGAAGCCCUGUGAGCUUGCCAUCACCAACCAGUGUUCAGAUAUAACCCACACCUGAUGGGACACGCUGCAGUAAGCCAGUGUAAUGAUGCUGGGAUAUUGCUAACAUGCACAGUACUAUUGUCUUUGACCUCUUUGAUUUUUAGGCUGAGGUUCAGAAUGACAGUAGUGGAAUUUAUUCCUUAAAAAUAUGUGGUCUUUUUGGAAAAAUGGAACUUGCAGUGCUGUUAUUACCAAUACAAAAGAGAGUCUAUCAAUUACUGUUCCCAACAGGGAAGUUUUCAUUGUAUUUUAAUACAGACAUUUUGCUAGCAACAAAUUCUUUACUG